UACGUUGAACAAAAAAGGUUAAUGAUUUUAUUCACGUUUAAUUCGUGAUUACAUUAAAAAUGGAGAAAAAUAUGUAAUUCGUGUCUAGCUAUCAGUUAAUUUGUAUAAACCUGAAACUAUUAGACUCAGCUUACUUAUAUUUAAAAGACAGUUAACCUGACAGCCCAGCACUCUGUUAACCGAACAGCUGUGCGUCGCUGUCUCCAUCCCGCUCGCACCUUCAGCGCUGCCACAGCAACAACAACGAAUACGUAAACAAUCCGAUUUUAAUCGGGAUUACCUGAGAAAUAACACCCCGGAAACCCAACAAACCCCCACCAAAAUGUCCGGCAAGGACGAUCGAUCCAAGGAUAAGCGUAGGAACAUGAAGCAGUACAAUCAUCACCACAAAAAGGAUCAAGGACGAUCCACCACAUCAUCAGGAUCUCCGCCGCCUACCUCUCGUCGCAGCAUGGUGGAUGUGGCCGACUCCAGCGAUGAGCCAAGGUUUCCCAGGCGCGGUAAUUGGCAAUCCGGUGGAUCAGGUCGCUCCCUGUUGGCACCGCAAAGGAACAGGGACCUGCUGGACACCCUGCCCAGUGACACCGAUGAAGUGGAGCAGAUUGGCCUGGACGGGGCUCCCAUUGAUGAGAAUGCCCGUGCCCAGCUGCGGGCAGGUGACUUCCAGCAGUUGGCCCAGUUUCCCAGUCUCGGUGGCGGUCACUUCACCUUCGGUUCGGAACGCGAGUGGGCCAACGUGGCCGAGGGGCAAACGAAGCUGCACACCAAGGCGGCCAGUGGCUACUUCACCCUGAACUUGACACGCCUGAAUGCGGGUCUGCAAACGAUUCCGUUUUACAAGCGAAUGGAUUAUCCUGCUGGGAUGUUCACCCGGGCGCAGAUCGUCGCCCAGGAGGAGGCUGCCGAACGGGCCGAGGUUGUUUACCAGCAGCGCAUCCUAAAGGACUCCAACGGGGGUUCCCAAUCGCGAGCGGCCUCAGCUAAAUCCAAUAAGGAGGCGGCAGCUCCUGCAGCGCCGGAGAAACCAGCCGCUGCCCCAGCCGAACCUGAUGAGCUCGACGAGCUCCUGGCCAUGACCAAUACGCAACUGGACAUUGGUACAGGCGGUAUAGGACCCAUCACAAUGCCCAUGCCCAUGGUGCAACCGGCAACGCCUUCCUCGGCAGCCAGCAAGAACGAAGUGGAGCAGUGGCUUGAUUCUGUUUUGGAUGAGUAAGUCACCAGGAUUUAUUGUUAGACACAGGAGAAAAGGGAUUCGAUGUUAGAGCACUUCCUGGAUUGAUUCCAAAGCAUUUUUAACUAGCUACGCUUACACAAGCUACUAAAUAAAUAAGUGCUUGUCCUUAAAGAGUAAUAAUUGACUUGAAAUAAGUGUGUUCCAAGUAACUUUACAUCAAAUGCUAGAGCUUUUUUAUUUUAUACAAUAAAUCACUAAAGCUUAACUUUAAAGCAAGUUACAUGUGUUUCAUAAAAGAGGAAAGCUGAAAAAUAUUAAAUAUAACACAUUAAAACCAUAAGGAAAUGUUGUGAAA